GCUGCCGCCUGCUCGACUCCAUUUGCCUGACGACGACUGGACGUUAAACUUCGAGCAAGAAGAAGCUACGGACGCGCUUUCGAAAUUUAUUUGACUACAAACCAACAAAUUCGAGCAAUUUCGGUUCUGUUGUGUAAAUUGUAUUGUGAUACGUUUUUCGUAGGUGAUAUUCUUGACACAGCGGUUUAUAUCGACAUUAACAGAAAACGGUUUCAAGCUACAGUCGACCUGCCUGUGGCAGAAAACAUAACAAUGGCCAAGGAAGCAGCCUCACCCUCUGAAAUGGCCCAUGCCCGUCAGAGCGACGGCAUCAAUGUGAUCUUUGACAAGGAGAGCCCUGACUCAUCUCGCACUCGUUCUCGAUCCAGAAGCAUCUGCAGCAGCAGUCGCUCUUCAGGUCUUCACAGGGGACGUAGCAGCCGCAGGGUUUGUUACAGGUCCUCCUCUUCAUCUUCAUCAUCAUCAAGCAGCUCAUCCUCUUCUCGCCCCAGGUCUCGCUCUCACCCUCGUUGCCACAGACGAUCCUCCCGCUGUCGCUGUGAUGACCAUCGCAGAUAUGGCUGUGGUGGUAGCCGCCGUUCUCCGCCACGCCGUUACAGAGCACAGUCCCGCUCCUACAGCCGCUCAGGCACGCCAGACAGGUACUCAAGCCGCAGACGCUACAGGUCCCGCUCCCGGUCCCCCAGCCGCUUGAAUAGGGAGAGGAGACAUGUGAGCCAGUACAGACGCAGGCGUUCCCCAUCCCAGCCCAGAUCUUACAGGAGCCGGUCGAGAUCUAGAUCAUCUGCACAGUCUGUCACUUUGAGUUUGCAUGAUAAACAAGUACUCCUUGAAGCAGCAAAGUCCAAUGCCAUGAAGACCAUGGGAGUGGAGAAGCUAGACCUACCUGAGAGUGUAAAACCAAUCCUACCAGAGCAGCCAGCAGAGUCCAAAUGGGCGUCACCAGAGCCUGAGACAUGGGUGAGACAAGGCCCUCAAAAGACUGCAUCACAGAGCAGCGACGAGGAGUCUGACGACAUGCCGAGUCCAAGCACAUCCCCAAAAAGAAAAAUCAUCUCUUUCAGCAUUAAUAAUUCUGUGGCCAAACCAACUGUGGCAGCUCCAUCUUGUGCUAAGGUAACUCCCAGAGUGGACAGCUAUGAGAGCAGGAAGCCGUACGGCCACUGGGUUCCAGUCAAAUCAGGCCGGACCUCCAAUGCACGCAAGCACACUCUGACCACAUCACAUUAGAGUGGCAGAUUACACAGACAAUGUAAAUACUGUAAAUAUUUUGUACAUAUCUGAUUUGUCCCUUUACGGUCGACAUUUUCUUUCAGAUGUUAAAGAUUUAAGUGGGAAGAAGUGAAGAAUUUGUUCAGGUGGGAUUAUUUCAUUCCCUUUGUGUACUGUGGUAUUUAUAGAUUCAAUAAAGACCUUUCAUAAAAAAAUA